UCUGCAGGCGAGCCCCGCCCCGCCCCAUCCCUCGCACAAAUAUCCGCCUGGGCUGUAGCCAUGGCGUCCGAGCGGCUGCCAAGCAGGCCUGCGUGUCUCCUGGUGGCCAGCGGCGCUUCCGAAGGUGUGUCAGCCCAGUCCUUCGUCCACUGUUUCACACUGGCCAGUGCUGCCUUCAACCUACAGGUGGCCACCCCAGGGGGAAAGGCCAUUGACUUUGUGGAUGUGACUGAGAGCAAUGCCCGAUGGGUACAAGACUUCCGCCUCAAGGCAUACGCCAGUCCUGCUAAGCUUGAGUCCAUAGAUGGUGCCCGGUACCAUGCCCUCCUGAUUCCCAGCUGUCCUGGCGCCCUGACAGAUCUUGCCAGCAGUGGGUCCCUGGCUCGAAUACUGCAGCACUUCCGCUCUGAGAGCAAACCCAUCUGCGCCAUUGGCCAUGGUGUUGCUGCCCUGUGCUGUGCUACCAAUGAAGAUAGGUCCUGGGUGUUCCAGGGCUACAGUCUGACAGGGCCUUCAGUGUACGAGCUCAUCAGAGCACCUGGCUUUGCCCGCCUACCAUUGAUCGUUGAGGACUUUGUGAAGGACUCUGGUGCUGGCUUCAGUGCCAGUGAGCCCGACGCUGUGCACGUGGUGCUGGACCGCCAUCUGGUCACUGGCCAGAACGCUAACUCCACAGUUCCUGCUGUCCAGAACCUGCUCUUCCUCUGCGGCAGCCGGAAGUAAGCUUGGAUGCAGUCCUGGUGGCCUAGAGACAAGGACUGAACUCACCAUGGUCUCCUGUACUGACACUCGAUGGGACACUCAAGCCUCCAUCAGGACCUUGUGGAAUGCUGGAAGCCUCCAGGGAUUAAUACUUGUGGACUGUCAGUCCUAAUGUAGACUAGGCACCCUUUCCUCCAUCCCAGCACAGUGUCUUGGCUGGCCAGGCAGUCCCUGAGAACUCCAGAUUGACGAUUCCAAGAAGAAUUGCCCACGGGAUGUAGUCAGCUGUGGGGUCUCAGGAUGGGGCGUUACUCUUCUGUGGGCUUUCGGCUAUUUCUGUCCCUUCCACUGUUCAUGGGAAUCGUGUGGAUGGACCACAGGCUGGAGCUUGCUAUGAACUUCCUUUCUCGUCUUUCCUUUUUUUUUUUUUUUUUUAAAAAACUUGUUUAUUUUUAUAUUUCCUAUGCAAUGGUGUUUUGUUUGAGCAUAUGUCUUUAUGAGGGUGUUGGAUACCCUGGAACUAGAGGUACAGACAGUUGUGAGCUGCCGCUUGGGUGCUCAAAAUUGAACCCAGGUCUUCUGGAAGAGCAGUCAGUGCUCUUAACCAUUGAGCCAUCUCUCCAGCCUCCCCUAUCCCCUCCCCCUUUUUUGAGACAGGGUUUCUCUGUGGCCUUGCCUGUCCUAAAACUCACUCUGUAGACCAGGCUGGCCUGGACCUCAGAGAUCCACCGGCCUCUGCCUCUGCCUCCCGUAGGCUGUGAUUAAAGGCAUGUGCCAUCACCUGGCUGUGAACUC